GGCGCACCAGAAAGUUUGUGGCCGUCAGCUGAUGUUCAGGUUGAAUUCCGCCCGCUGAUUGUCUUAGACGAUGGUAGCCUUUCAGGUGGCACUCGUGCGUACGAGGGGCUGAACAUGAAGGCUACCAGCGGCCCCAACGGUCUGAGACUCUGCGUACUGUCCUGUUUGUUUGUGCUGCACAUAUUCACGCGCGUGGCCGGAAACAUGGCCUCCCCGUCACAUUUUGGCGUCGCCAGUACAGAAGUUCACCAAAAUCGACACCCAAAAAGGAGAAACCCUCAUUUUAGACCUCCCGUAGAAAGCCGAACUGACGAUGAUGGCAUGCGACUGAUGUUGAGUCUAUACAGGAUAGCGGCGGAUGCAGAUGGACGACCAAAGCAGCACAAGAUUUUUGGGUCCAACACCAUAAGACUGCUUCAAGCAUCAACCACUGAAAAACACUUUCUCCCAACAUCAAGUGAUCUUCAGUACACCUACACAGUGAAAUAUGAACUGAAUGACCUCUUGUUGGACAAACUGGUGAAGGCGUCUUUCAUGCACCUGAGGUCUCCCAUGUCAUCACGUCUUCCUUACAUCUGUGAGGCGAGUGUCACGUCUCUUCAAAAUCCUCUUGAGGGUGACCGGAUCACUAUGGGCCCCCGAAGCCGGUGGACAGAGACCGACGUCACAGACCAUGUGUCCGAGUCAAAAGAUGGCCACGUAUCUUUCUUUGCUCGUUAUUGGUGCACAAAGCCGGAGCACAAAAGAUCUGUUGCACAUCGGAAGCGCUUCCCACCUCAACACCAUCUUCGUGCUCCUCUUCUGCUGCUCUUCUUGGAGGAGAACAAGCACCCGGUGGAGUGGGGGAAGAGCUUCCCGCCACUCUCCCGUCCCAGGACCCGUCGGUCUAAAAAGUCUGGCAGCAUCGUCUCUGAUAUCCCAAACUUCAAGCAGGGGCUGAACCGAGUGACCAAAAACAACUGCAAGCUGUACUCCUCCAGCGUGGACUUCAAAGAUUUGGGGUGGGACCACUGGGUCAUUGCACCCCACAAGUACAAUCCUGGAUACUGCAUGGGAGAUUGUCCUCGCAUCCUGCAUUACGGCUACAAUUCGCCCAACCACGCCAUCAUGCAGACGUUCAUCAGCGAGCUGGGUGUAGCGGAUAUCCCGUUGCCCUCCUGCGUUCCUUAUAAAUACAAACGUAUGAGCAUGCUAGUGAUGGGGAGUAAUGGACAAAUAGAUUAUAAAGAAUACGAGGACAUGAUUGCAGACUCCUGCACCUGCAGAUGACUUUGGGCUUGUGGUAAGAAUGGAAAAGACCUGAUUGGUGCUUAAGGGCAGUCUUGCCGACACAAUUGAGGAACUAAACCAAAAGAAAUGGGCAUGCCAGGUUGGAUUUGCCUGUUGCUCCACUUCUUGUGCAUAACUAACACCAUCUCUUGCAUACAGACUUUCUGGGGAUGUAGGUAUGAAUAAGGUGAAUGAGCUAUUCUGUAUAUGUACAUGUUUUUCUUUUCUGUUUACUCGUUGUAUGUGUAUGUUAUUUGAUCUAGUGUGUGUGUGUCCUGCAUUUAGUGUGUAUUAAUGUGACAUCUUUCAUAAUGUAUUUAUGGAGAGGGAGCAAAGUUGGAGA